CCCUCCUCCCUCCUCCAUACAUCGGAGGCUGUGAGCUGCAGCGGCCGCAGAAGGCGACUCGGAUCCCGUUGUGUGCUGAUCAGUCGCUGGGGCUCCGGGGAUGCAGCUGGAUGUGGGCUUAGACGCUCGGCGAGGAUUUUUCAUUCACUCUGUACAGGUGACUUGUAGCGGGUUGCAGAAAAGAACAAGAGAACAAAUGGAAGAGGAGAGGAAGGAGAGUGGAUGAGACAAGAAGCAGGACCAGAAAAAUGGAGGACUCUUUCUCUGCCUUAUUUGGUUUAUCUAAAUAAAUCAAAAGGAGACUUUGUCUGCAGAGAGACGACAGAGUUCUGAAUCUUAUUGUCCUGUAAUGAACUUUCUCACUGUUGUCCAAGUGAGGAAAGCCAUGAGAAUUUUCUGAGUAACUCCUAUUUUAGGCUUUUCCUCCAGGACGCCUCCUGUACUUGGCCAUGGAGAAGACAUACUCAUUAACUGCCCACUAUGAUGAGUUCCAGGAAGUUAAAUAUGGCGGUCGCUACAGCAGUGACAUCCUCAGCAACGGUAUGACUCUUCACCUGGGGGGCAGCCUGGACCGUCACGUGGGGCGAGGAAGAGGAGGAACAUGGUCAAAAAAUCAAAAUAGAGAUCUGAGUAGCAACAGCAGCGGCAGCGGUCUUCCCCGAUGGAGCAGGAGGGAGAUCUGCCUCCUCUCAGCGUUGGUCUUCGCUGCUGGCAUGUGUGUCAUCCUAGGAAGUAUGCUGGCUCUGAAGUACAUUUCACUGGAUGCCCAGCAGGACCCGCAGUGCAGACAGGACUGCCAACGCAAACGCACCCUUCUGCGGGCGGCUCGCUUUGUUCAGGCCAAUAUUGACCCAACCAUCCAGCCUUGCCAGGACUUUUACUCCUUCGCCUGUGGCGGCUGGCUGAGGCGCCACGGCAUCCCCGAGGACAAGCUUAGCUACGGCAUCAUCACAGCUAUAGGGGAACACAAUGAGGAGAAACUCCAACAACUCCUGCAAGAGCCCAUUCGGAGGCCUGGGCCCAACUCAGCAGAGCGCAAGGUCAAGGAGUUCUAUCGGUCCUGCGUCAACAUCCAGGAGAUUGACAAGCUGGGCUCCAAUCCUAUGACAGAGGUGCUGGACAGCUGUGGAGGAUGGGACCUGGUCGGCGCUCCUCCUGGUGCCGCCGGGUGGGAAAGGGAGGGCGCCCCACUGAGGCCGGACUUCAACGAGCUGCUCUACAGGACUCAGGGGGUGUACAGCACCGCUGUGUUCUUCUCUCUCACCGUCAACGUAGAUGAUAAAAACUCAUCCAGGAACGCCAUCAGGGUUGAUCAGGAAGGCCUCACACUACCGGAGAGGAGUCUGUACCUGGGACAGGAUGAGGACAGUGUGAAGAUCCUGGCGGCGUACAAGGCUCUGAUGGAACGCCUGCUGAGCAUGCUGGGCGCUCACAAUGCCACCCAGAAGUCCAAGGAGAUCAUACAGCUGGAGACGCGGCUAGCUAAUAUCACUGUGUCAGAAUAUGAUGACCAAAGAAAAGACAUCAGCACCAUGUAUAACCGCAUCACCCUCAGGCAGCUGCAGCGGAUCGCCCCCAGUCUCCACUGGAAACGCUUGCUGGACAGAAUUUUCCAUGACAACUUCUCAGAAGACGAAGAGAUCGUGGUGCUCGCUACUGAUUACAUACAGAAAGUCUCCGACAUCAUCAAGACCACUUCAAAGAGGGUUGUCCACAACUACAUGCUGUGGCGCAUUGUGGCAGCACUAAGUGAACACCUGUCCACUGCCUUUCGGAGCACCAUCCACGAGUUUUCUCGAGAGAUUGACGGCACCGAGCAGCAGCUGGAACUGGGCCGACUCUGCCUUACCCAGGCCAACAAACACUUUGGCAUGGCUCUGGGGGCUCUGUUUGUCCAGCAGCACUUCUCUUCCCAAAGCAAGGCCAAGGUACAAGAGCUGGUAGAGGACGUAAAGCACUCCCUUGAUCUUCGGCUGCUGGAGCUGGACUGGAUGGAUGAAGCCACCAAGGAUGCUGCCAGAGCUAAGCUCAAGCACAUGAUGGUGAUGACGGGAUACCCAGACUUCCUGCUCAAGCCUGAGCUCAUUGAUCAGGAAUACGGGUUUGAAGUGAACGAAAAGACCUACUUCAAGAACAUCCUCAACAGUAUCAAGUUCAACAUCAAGCUGUCUGUCAAGAAAAUAUACGAAGAAGUGGACAAGACGGCGUGGCUUCUCCCCCCACAGGCUCUUAAUGCCUACUACCUCCCUAACAAGAAUCAAAUGGUUUUUCCUGCUGGUAUCCUUCAGCCUACCCUCUACAACCCUGAAUUUCCACAGUCCCUGAACUACGGAGGAAUAGGCGCCAUCAUUGGACACGAACUAACGCAUGGAUAUGAUGACUGGGGGGGCCAGUACGACCGCCACGGCAACCUUAAACAAUGGUGGACUGUGGAUUCCUACAGAAAGUUCCAGAAGAAGGCUGAAUGCAUCGUCAAGCUCUACGACAACUUUACCGUGUAUAAUCAGAGGGUGAAUGGCCGUCUGACGCUGGGGGAGAACAUUGCAGACAUGGGCGGACUGAAGUUAUCCUACUAUGCAUAUCAGAAAUGGGUGAGGGAACAUGGUCCAGAGAGACCCCUGCCUGGCCUAAAAUAUACUCAUGAACAGUUGCUCUUCAUUGCCUUUGCACAGAACUGGUGUAUGAAGAGAAGAUCCCAGUCCAUCUAUUUGCAGCUGCUAACUGACAAGCAUGCUCCAGAGCACUACAGGGUGAUUGGCAGCGUCUCCCAGUUUGACGAGUUCUCCCGUGUUUUCCACUGUCCCAAAGGUUCUCCAAUGAAUCCGACGGACAAGUGCUCCGUCUGGUGACCUUCUUCUCUGGCCUGAAGACUCUUGAUAAUUUUCAGCUUGCCUCUCCUAACAUGCAUACUCACCAGAGCCACCAAGACAGCCCAGAGUGUAUUAACACAGUUUCCAUACACCCAAACAUUAUUAUUGGUCCUAGAGGACAUUGAUAGUGCGUCAGCGUCUCAGUCUACACGGAUCUAACAAAGCAUGGGUCCCAUGACCAUAACCUGUGUGUUUAUAUGAUUAUAAAUAUUUUUCUAAGUUUAAUCUUAUUUUGAAAUCAUCUAUUUUUCUAUCUAGCAGAUAUAUUAUACUUAAUCUGAAUGAUUCAUAAGACUUUUGUUUGUUUUUUAAAUUAAAGAUCCAUGUUUUUUUCUGCCCUCAACAGGAAGGAAAACAAAGCAUCCUUCAAAUGAAAUGUAAAAAUGUUGUUUCAAACUAGGGUGGAUCCGCGGCUGCCUUGUUUCUGCUCAACUUUGGUGUUCUCCCUCUUUGGUGUUGGGAGUGUGAUUUGUGUUGCAGCACUGCGCUCUAGUGGCUGCAGAGAGCAACGCAACGGCCGGCGUUCAACCUGUCUUGACUGUUGUGAUGUUUGCCUGCACUGGUGUCUCAUUACUAUGAGUGUUUGUACGGUUCAUAAGGACUUGUUGGAGUUGAAACGGUAGACUCGGGUGUUUCUCAGGAUUUGUAGCAACGUGCAGCACCACACUGAGAACUGCUGACGUCCGACCACAAGGCAAACGGGGAGAAUCUAAACAGUCGGACAUGAAACCAAUAAGUCCUUUUUCCCAUGAAACUACACAAAUGUAUUUGGAAGUUCUUGGGCUGGAACGUGACUGAAGAACGUGUUCUGGUCCGUCCCUGAAACCCGGUGCAUUAAUCAUACAUCUGUGAACGGUGACAUUUUUGCAUAAAUAAUUUUGUGGAGAAGUCGGUGACAUGUUGUAGUUGUUGAAGCGAGUGCAUGUCUCCACCCUUAAGAGUGUUCAGUUCUGAUGGAGAACAUCACACCCAUACCUCACUGUACAGCUGCUAGUUUACAUGUGGCUGCUAUGGUUUCCUCUCUGUGAGUCACUGUUUAACGUUUUAAUAAAUACAACAGAUCUCUG